ACCAGUUCUGAUGAUGAUGAUGCUCCUCGACCUCCGACGGCUCCGAACAUGAACUCGGACAGGCGCCUGGAUCCGUCCGACGGGGACUACGCGAGCGACGCUCCGAGCGAAUGUCCGGAGACCCUGAACAAAGCUUCUCGCUGCUUCCUGGCCCAGAGUUUUAGCUCGUCUGGUUCUGAUCGGGUCAGCGACUCAGAACGAUGCUGGUUCAAACCUGAGAAAGCCACAGGAAAGAAUCUACCAACGUCCAAAAUGUUGACCAAAGCGUCCAGCAGCUUGGAGCUUCUCAAGAACAUCUUCCCUCGGGUCGAAUCGACUACAAAAGACCGAGGUGGCAGCAACACAGCCGCUAAUACUCAACAAUCUAUAAACAGAAGUGAACCAUUAAAAAAAGAAGAAGGAAAUAAAGGCCUAAACAUCAGAACUGAAAGAAACGACGAGCUGUUAAUGGACAAGAUGAGACAAGAGCAGGACAAAGCUCUGAAUUUCCUCAGAUCUGAAAUGGAUCGAUUUGCUCACAGUGAGCGAUUUUCAGACCGCAGCCCUGAGGAGGGAACCCGACAGGUACAGGAAUCUCAGAGUCUCCAGGAGCAGUUCGAGUCUCUGAUGGAGCAGAUGAACAGACGGGAGUGUGAGUGGUACCACGCCCACAGUGAGCUGCAGAGUCGCGUUGAUGCCCUUACCAGGGAGAACCAGGAGCUCCUGAACCAGUGCAGUGGGAGAUCCACACCACGCCCUCACCACGCUGAUGGAUCCACACCACGCCCUCACCACGCUGAUGGAUCCACACCACGCCCUCACCACGCUGAUGGAUCCACACCACGCCCUCACCAUGCUAAUGGAUCCACAUCAUGCCCUCACCACACUGAUGGAUCCACACCACAUCCUCACCACGCUGAUGGAUCCACACCACGUCCUCACCAAACUGAUAGAUCCACACCACGCCCUCACAGUGCUGACAGAUCCACACCACACCCUUACCACGCUGAUAGAUCCACACCACACCCUCACCAUGCUGAUGGAUCCACACCACAUCCUCACCACGCUGAUGGAUCCACACCACACCCUCAUCAUGUUGAUGGGUCCACACCACGUCCUCACCAUGCAGAUGGAUCCACAUCAAACCCUCACCACGCUGAUAGAUCCACAUCAAACCCUCACCACACUGAUAGAUCCACACCACGCCCUCACAGUGCUGAUAGAUCCACACCACGCCCUCACCACGCUGAUGGAUCCACACCACACCCUCAUCAUGUUGAUGGGUCCACACCACGUCCUCACCAUGCAGAUGGAUCCACAUCAAACCCUCACCACGCUGAUAGAUCCACAUCAAACCCUCACCACACUGAUAGAUCCACACCACGCCCUCACAGUGCUGAUAGAUCCACACCACACCCUCACCACGCUGAUAGAUCCACACCACACCCUCACCACGCUGAUAAAUCCACACCACGCCCUCACCACACUGAUGGAUCCACACCACGCCCUCGCCACACUGAUGGAUCCACACCACGCCCUCACAGUGCUGGGAGAUCCACACCACGCCCUCACCACGCUGAUAAAUCCCCACCACGCCCUCACCACACUGAUGGAUCCACACCACGCCCUCACAGUGCUGAUAGAUCCACACCACACCCUCACCACGCUGAUAGAUCCACACCACACCCUCACCACGCUGAUAAAUCCACACCACGCCCUCACCACACUGAUGGAUCCACACCACGCCCUCACAGUGCUGGGAGAUCCACACCACGCCCUCACAGUGCUGGGAGAUUCACACCACGCCCUCACCACGCUGAUAGAUCCACACCACGCCCUCACCAUGCUGAUGGAUCCACAUCAAACCCUCACCACGCUGAUAGAUCUACAUCAAACCCUCACCACGCUGAUAGAUCCACACCACGCCCUCACAGUGCUGAUAGAUCCACACCACACCCUCACUACGCUGAUGGAUCCACACCACGCCCUCACAGUGCUGGGAGAUCCAAACCACACCCUCACCACGCUGAUAGAUCCACACCACACCCUCACAGUGCUGGGAGAUCCAAACCACACCCUCACCACGCUGAUAGAUCCACACCACACCCUCAUCAUGUUGAUGGGUCCACACCACGCCCUUACCAUGCUGAUAGAUCCACACCACGCCCUGACCACGCUGAUGGGUCAACGCCCCGGCACGCAGAAAAUUACCUGACAAGAAGACCCUCCAUCAACAAAGAAAACAAACAGAACGUGUCGUCAAUAAGAAGAGACUGGAUAAAUAGAAGAACCUCCAGCACCUCUCACAGUGCGGACGACAGUGAUGCUGUUUCGUACCCUGAUCUCAGAGGAAAGGUAACAAGGAUGGAAGGUAAUGAGGACAGGAUUUGCGUUCCGAUGUCCUCUGAGUCUGAGUGUGGAUCCAUCGACCUGACUGAGGUCAGUUUAAGUUCGGAGAUAAAAACUGGUGACCCCCGAGUCUCACUCAAACCCAGAAAAGCUGCAGUCAGGGAGGAAACUCGUUAUCCAGAUGGAAAGGUUGAACAGCUCCUCUCUGAUGGAAGGCGUGUUAUUAUCUUCAGAAACGGGACGAGGAAGGAGAUCGGAGCGGAUCAGAAAACAGUCACCGUGACUUUCUUUAACGGAGACGUUAAGCGUGUACUGCCUGAUGGGACGGUGAUCUACUAUUAUCACGACGCUCAGACCACUCACUGCAGCUUCCCGUCCGGCCUGGAGCUGCUCCAGUUCCCAAAUCAACAGAAAGAGAAGCGACACCCUGAUGGUACGAAGGAAAUCAUUUUCCCUGACGGGACUGUCAAGUGUCUGCACCCUGACGGACGACAGGAAAGUUUUUUCCCAGAUGGAACAGUUGUCAGAUUAUCCAAAAAUGGGCAGAAAACAGUGGAGUUCACCAACGGCCAGCGAGAGAUCCACACCUCCCAGUAUAAACAGAGGAUUUAUCCUGAUGGAACGGUUAAAACUGUGUAUUUAAACGGGAGCCAAGAGACAAAAUUACAUUAAGAACAAAGAAUAAAAUAUGUAAGAAAUAGAAAGGACGUGUUCACGCUGUCCAAAUAAAUACUGGACACCAGUGGCGGUCUUUCAAAGAGGGGAAGCUCAUUGUCGGCUUGCAUCAUAAAAUUUGUCAAUUUAUUUAUACAUAAAUUCUGCCCUCCGUUCCUUUUCAAGAAAAUGGCCUGAAAUGGGUUGCAGCAGUUUGUCUUUUGACUUCACUCACAAAAUCCACGAUGGGACUGAAGCUCCCAGUGAUUAAGUGAUGGUGAAGAGAUCAAAAUAGCUGUCAAUCAAAACGGGAUUCAGCCUUUCGACUGAUCCCCCAAUCAUCUUGCAGGUGCUUUGCGUCCAGACCCGCCCACAGCUCCAUUCACCCCCAGAGACGCUCAGCGUCCGGGGGCGGGACAAAAUUGUGGCAUUUAUCCAAUGACCGGCGAGUUUCGAAGCAAUGAAAAAAACUUUUCCAUGCAGCCCCAUUGAAGUGAAGAGACGCUCAGCUUCUGCGAGUAAAUGCAUUGACGCUACGGGAAUGUAUGAGAAGUUCGAGUCAGUCGAUUUGUGAUAAGUAGCGGAUUCUGAACACAUACAUGCAAUCAUUUAAAAUAGAAAUAAAAUAAGAAACACAGUAGAUGGCAUGGAUAGGAUAACAGGCGCCCUUCCCUAAUAUUUGGUUCCACUACUUGGAAUGUCGUCCACUCUUCCACUGCAGUUCGCUCAAGCUCUUGAAUGUUUGCAGGGUUCCAUUUCCCUUAAUUGGAUUGGGGUCAGGACUCCAACUGGAUGUGUGUGCUGGGUCAUUAUCCCCCUGUAGGACCCAUUUUGUUACCCGCAAACCUAGUUUUCUCUGACAUCUGCACCUUGUGAUAAUCCUCUGCAAUGACAGUCAUUGCUUCUAUACAUUCAGAGGCAGCAAAGCAGCCCCACAACAUUAUGGAUCCUCCACAAUGUUACAUAACUCUGAUUUGCAUUGCCAAAGGGCUCUAGUUUGAUUUCUUUUGUCCUAGAAUAUUUUCUCUGAGGGAUUGUGUAAGUUUUAGCCAAGUUUGGUCACUCGUUUUUAUGCCUUUCUUUAAGUAAUAUUUAAUAUUUACGAAUAUUUGGGACGCUAUGGGCUAUGACGAGACGAGGGGGCGGACACACACGCAGAGAUGUAUUUAACAAAAGAGUUUAAUAAUAACAAAGACAAGACACACUACAAGGUUACACAAGACAGGUAGGA